GGCAGCCACGCUGGCACAAUCCCUGUGACUCAAUCUUGGUUCGUUGUCGUGUAGCGAAAGAGGCCGGGAUAACAAGCUCACAAUCCCAAAGAACCCAACCCCAAUCGGAGAGCAGUGCUCGGCGCAUCGUCGGAGACGACGAAGGGGAUCGCCGCCGGCGAGAGAUGAAGGAAGUCGUGCUUCACAUCUAUGAUGUGACCAACAGCGGCUCCGACAAGGCCAACAACACCAUCUUGCAAAUCAAUCGGUUCUUCAAGGACGGCAUUGGCCUCGGCGGCAUCUUCCACUCCGCCGUUCAGGUUUAUGGAGAUGAAGAAUGGUCCUUUGGUUUUUGCGAACAUGGUUCUGGUGUAUUUAGCUGUCCCCCACGUAAAAACCAUCUAUAUACCUAUCGUGAGUCGAUGGUCCUUGGGGAAACAAACUUAUCCUGUGCUAAAGUAAACCAAAUCCUGAGAGAGCUUAGCAGGGAGUGGCCAGGAAGCUCAUAUGGGCUGCUAUCAAGAAACUGCAAUCACUUUUGUGAUACCUUCUGUGAUAGGCUUGGUACACCAAAGCUGCCAGCUUGGGUGAACCGAUUUGCCAAUGCUGGUGAUACUGCCUUGGAAGUAGCAGAAAAUACAGCAAUAAGGUUCAGGCAAGCAAAGACAGAAAUCAUCUCGGCAAGCAAAGCAGCUUACAGUUUCAUCUCCGGCAUAGUCUCGAACACACCAGCCACACCAGAAAACCUGAGCGAUGAGGAGACUGAAGUUUCCCUAUGCCAGGGUUCUUGUUUCAAGAACCUCAUUUCCAUUAGCUCAAAGCCUUCAACUAGUAAUUCAGAACAACCAGAAGAUUCUAACAAUCACAUUCCUCAGCAACAACAGCAGGAACAUACAGAAAAAAAUCAACCAAGUUCCUGAACAUCGAUAACUACUUAGCAAACCUUAUAGUUUGAGUCGAAGUUUACAUUAUGACAAGAAAACAUCCUCAACUGUUAGAUUGCAAUUAAUGAAAGUAAGUUUUAACUUUACAAGGAUUAUGAAUGUGCUCGUGGCGGCAUGAUGGCUUUCAGAAUCAUGGCUGUGAUAGAGUGCAUAGCAGUUGCUGCUAUUUUUGACUUUAUCUGUCCUCGCUUCGGUAUCGGCCUUCGCACUCCGGCAUGUUCUUGGCUGAAACUAACAGCGAAAACCGAAAUAGCCUUGUUGCUCAUGUUGUUGAAUGAUUAAUUGAUUCAUUCAUUCAUUUUGGUUUCAAUGUAUUUAUAGAUGAUUGACAAAAGCAGGCUGUGUAGAAUGGAUUUCUGAUGGGAAACAUGCCAGCUAAACUUGUCUUGCAAAACUGAUUUUGUAGCAAUUGAAAAUGGGAAAACAAGGACUGGUUUUGGUUUAAAGAUUUAAAACA